GAGUGCAAUCAGUGUUGCAGCCUUGUUCACGACAAGCAUUGAGUGUUUUGACAUUCUUAUCGCUGGAAAAAACUUUAGUGAAGAUUUCGAGCAGUUGCUUGCUUUGGUAUAACUCAUCAUUCCAGACGAUGCUUACUUUUACCAACCUGUAUAGUUCUCAUUAGAGCUUGCUCAGUUUGAACUCUGCCGCGACUCUGUGGGAUCAAUUCCUGAACCAAACACUGGUCGACGUUUGAAGUAUGAUAAGAACAUUGACAGACCUGACAUUCGGCCAGGAGUAGAGAGAAUCCUCAACAACAUGAAGUCACUGCUUGAAGAAGGCUCUAAGAUCAACAAAAAGUACUGCGAGACAUCACCAAGCUCCCAACUGACGUCCCAAGGUAUGCAAAUCUUCAAGACUUCAUUCGAACGAUUCAAGUUUCGAAUCAGAAAACAUCAAAAAGAUACCUCUGCUUGGAAAGUGACUCCUUGGGCCGUGCAUGAUGCGCGAAAAUUUGAAAGCUUGAUUGAACGACUAAAAAGAUAUUUUGAUGGGCUUGAAAGUAUCACUGUCUCUCUUGGGCUUCUGAAAGAUCAGCAUUCUAUACUAAGACAAGAAAUCGAUAGCAUAUCAGAUGUGAAAAGUCUGCGAUUGCUUCGAGAUGCCAUUUCAAGCCACAAAGGUUCUGCUACUCUAGACGUUUCAGACACUACACGCAGCCGUGUGGUCAGAAUUGAGGAGAAUGAAUAUAUUACCAGGAAUAUCGCAAGAUUCUUGUCUGCUCAUAGCUCGAGUUUAUCAUUCAAAAAUGCGUUGUCAAAACCAUCGCAAGUGAUCGACAGUCUAAUUUCCUCGGCACCGCAACCGCCUGGAGCUUGGCUACCGCUAAUUAAAAAUUCUACUUCAAUGUGUUCUUAGAGGCAACGCAUAUCACAUUAGCAUAGGUUCUAUAACUGUCCA